GUCACCAUGGGAAUUAAAUUACCAAAGUCAGCUGUUUUUGGUAGUGCGGUUUGCACUUUAGUCGGCACUCUUUACAUAAUCAAGGACAAGCUUGGCGGGAGAACUUAUGAAGGUACAGAAAAAUUGACGGAUAAAGUUAUAAUUGUUACAGGAGCUAACACUGGAAUUGGUAAAGAAGUUACUCGUGAUUUGGCAAAGCGAGAGGCUAAAAUUGUUAUGGCAUGUCGAGAUCUAGGUAAAUGUGAAAAGACCAGGAAAGAAAUCGUGCUGGAAACAAAGAACAAGUUCAUUUACUGCCGACUCUGUGAUUUAGCGUCUCAAUCAAGCAUCAGAGAGUUUGUAAAAGCCUUCAACCAGGAGCACGACCGCCUGGACAUUCUGAUAAACAACGCUGGAGUGAUGAGAUGUCCGAAGAGUGUCACCAAGGACGGUAUUGAAACCCAGCUGGGAGUGAACCACAUGGGCCACUUUCUGCUGACUAAUUUACUCCUGGACAAGCUCAAGUCCUCGGCGCCUUCGAGGGUGGUUGUGGUCGCUAGUACGGCCCAUAGACGAGGAAAGAUCAAGAUUGAGGACCUGAAUAGCGAGCAAAGUUACGACCCUGGAGACGCGUACGCUCAAAGCAAGCUCGCUAAUGUUUUAUUUGCCAAGGAAUUGGCCAAGAAGUUGGCUGGUACAGGGGUUGCCGUCAACUCGGUGCAUCCUGGACUGGUGGACACUGAAAUUAUGCGACAUAUGAGCUUCACUAAGAGCACUGUAGCGUCUCUGAUGAUAAAACCUUUCUUUUGGCUGUUUAUCAAGACUCCGAAACAGGGAGCACAGGCUGUUUUAAAUGCUGCUUUGAAUCCUGAACUUCAGAAAUUAUCUGGAGUUUAUUUGAGUCAAUUCGAUAUUAUCAAAGAAGAAGAUGAAACAGAAGAAGUUAAAAACACUAAAUUAGCCGAGUGGCUUUGGGUUACCAGCACCAAGUGGAGUAAAUUAUAA